UCUUAUGCAAUACCAAUGUAUUCCUAUUUUCAGAUUGUUCCAGAGGCAGCGAUAAACAAAAAUUAUUUAAAUACCCUUCUCGAAUGCUUUAUCAAAGGAUUGAAAGCCGAACCUCGCGUUGCUGCUAAUGUCUGUUGGGCAUUUAUUGGUUUAUCCGAUGCCGCUUAUGAAGCGGCCGAAGUGAAUGAGGGUGAAACACCAGAAACAUAUUGUUUAUCCCCCUAUUUUGAGUACAUUAUUACUCAAUUGUUAGAGACAACGGACAGGCAAGAUGGCACACAAGCGAAUCUACGAGCAGCUGCGUAUGAAGCGUUAAUGGACAUGAUAAAAAAUUCACCGCUGGAUUGCUACUUGGUAGUCCAACGAACGACUAUUGUCAUUCUCGAGCGACUUAAUCAAGUAUUACAAAUGGAGUCCCACAUUGCUAGUCACAAUGACCGUCAUCAGUUUAAUGACUUACAAUCUUUACUUUGCGCUACCUUGCAAAGUGUUCUUCGAAAAGUUCGCGAAGAGGACGCACCCCAAAUAUCUGAUGCUAUUAUGACAGCACUUCUUACAAUGUUCAGCUCAUGUUCUGGUAAAACAGGAGGAGUUCAGGAAGAUGCAUUUCUAGCCGUUUCAACUCUUGUAGAAUUACUUGGGUACAAGUUUGUUAAAUAUAUGGAUGCAUUUAAACCAUUUUUGUUUAUGGGACUAAAAGCUCAUCAGGAAUAUCAGGUAUGCUGCGCUGCUGUUGGUCUAACUGGGGAUAUAUGCCGAGCUCUAAAGCAACUCAUUAUUCCAUAUUGUGAUGAAAUAAUGACCCUGCUUCUUGCCAACUUAUCAGAACCAACACUGCAUCGCAAUGUCAAACCACAAAUCUUAUCAGCCUUUGGAGAUAUGGCUUUGAGCAUUGGCAGUGAAUUUAUAAAAUAUUUAAGUGUGGUACUGGAAAUGCUGCAUGCAGCUUCACAACUCCAGGUGGAUGCUAAUAGUUACGACAUGGUAGAAUAUUUAAAUGAAUUGCGAGAAAGCGUAUUGGAAGCAUACACAGGAAUAAUUCAAGGUUUAAAGGGAGUGGAGCAACAGCCAAACCCUGAUGUAUUUCAUUUGGAGCCUCAUUUGGGCAAUAUUAUGGCGUUUAUAAAACGCAUUGCUCUCGAAGGCGAAAAUUCUGACUCCAUGGUCGCUAGCGCUGCGGGAUUUAUUGGUGAUUUAUGUACCGCGUUUGGACCAAGGUUAUAUCCCAUGCUAGAUGAUGUCACAAUUACUCAACUUCUAGCCGACGGCAAGCGUUCAAAGGCAACUCGAACUAAAUCAUUGUGUAACUGGGCCACGAAAGAAAUUAAAAAACUGCGCGAUGGGCAAGCGAUUUCUCAGUGAAAUGGAGCUCAGUGAAAUAAAAUAAGCUUUUUAAGUAUGAUGUAAUAGUUUCCAUGGUAUGUUAUAAAUUCGUAUUUCGCUUUUGACAUACGACUAUUGUGGACAAAACUUCUUAAAGGUGUAAGGAUUAUAACAGAAAAUGCUGUUUAAUAUUAAAUUUUAUUUUAAAUACGUAUAAAUUAUUAAAUAUUUUUCGAGUCAAAACCCUGAUUUAAAAAUGAAACCAGUAGUAUCUAAGCAGUUACCUCAACAUUGAAUAUUAUUUAUGAAAGCUAUGUCUGAAUAUGCAAAUUAAAUUUCUAUAGAAUCUUGCCCAAAUGCAAUUCUUCCUAUUACUCAAUUCUUAACCAAUUGGAUAAGAGAAAUUUUUAAAACGAAAAUUACACGAUUUGUAUACCUAGUAGUUUAUGAUGCAGGUGGACUUAUACAUAGAUACUUAAAGAACAUUUUAAUUUUUUUUUUAUUAAAAUGUUAAAAAUGUAAAAUUA